GCCGGGUCCGACGCACAGGGAGGCAGAGGAGGAGAGGCGGGAGAUGGGGAAGGAGCUGUGCUGGUAGUUCUGCGGACGUCGUUAGGGAGAAAAAGGGGGCUGGAGGGGGCCAAAAGAACAGAGAAGAAGGAACUGGACGGGGAGGGCGUCCGCCGCCCCCUCUCCCCCUUUCCACCGCACUGAGGCGGGAGAGCGGACCACGAUGCCUGGCCAGCGGGUGCUGCCCGCUCGCCCGCAUGGAGACAGCCGCCCGUAGCGGGGCUGCCGCGCUGCACCGCGGGGAUAAUAAAGUUUUGAAUGGUGCCUCGCCAAGAAGUGUGAUGAGAAAUGGCUUUAGGAAACAAUACCCAGAGAAGCUAUUCCAUCAUCCCCUGCUUCAUCUUUGUUGAGCUUGUCAUCAUGGCUGGGACUGUUCUGCUCGCCUACUACUUUGAGUGCACCGAUACUUUUCAGGUGCACAUUCAAGGUUUCUUCUGUCAGGAUGGCAAUUUGAUGAAACCAUACCCUGGGACAGAGGAUGAGAGCUUCAUUUCACCUCUCAUGCUCUACUGUGUGCUGGCUUCAACUCCAACAGCUAUUAUUUUUAUUGGUGAGAUAUCCAUGUAUUUCAUAAAGUCAACACGAGAAACCCUUAUUAUCCAAGAGAAAACUAUUUUGACUGGAGAGUGCUGUUACCUGAACCCACUGCUUCGAAGAAUAAUACGCUUUAUAGGAGUGUUUGCAUUUGGACUUUUUGCCACCGACAUAUUUGUAAACGCUGGUCAGGUUGUGACUGGGAACUUGGCUCCCUACUUCUUGACUGUAUGUAAACCCAACUACACUGGAAAUGACUGUCGAGCCCACCACCAGUUCAUAAACAAUGGCAACAUCUGCACUGGGGAUGUCGGGGUGAUUGAAAAGGCAAGGAGAUCAUUUCCAUCCAAACAUGCUGCUUUGAGCAUCUACUCAGCUUUAUAUGCCACGAUGUACAUCACAAGCACAAUUAAAACAAAGAGUAGCAGGCUAGCCAAACCUGUGCUGUGUCUGGGUACCCUCUGUGCUGCGUUCCUCACUGGGCUAAAUCGAGUUUCUGAGUAUCGAAACCACUGUUCGGACGUGAUCGCAGGCUUCAUCCUGGGGAGUGCUGUAGCUUUGUUCCUGGGGAUAUGUGUUGUCCAUAACUUUAAAGGCACUCAUGGAGCUCCUUCUAAACCGAAGCCUGAAGACCCACGAGGAAUGCCACUAAUGGCCUUUCCAAGAGUGGAAAGUCCUCUGGAGACAUUGAGUGCACAGAAUCACUCUGCCUCUAUGACUGAAGUAACCUGAGAUGGAAGACUGGCAACUGAAGCUAUUUUUUAUUACCCCCCCAAGUACAAUACUCCAAGACACAGAUACUAAAUGUCUAACUGCAAUGACCAGUAUUAUGUUAUGUCUAGUUAGAGGCUAAUGUUUUGUACUUUUUUUGUAUGAAGAAGUGAUGUAGCUUACCCUGAUUUUUUGUCAGCUUUAAUAUUAUUAUGCCAGAAUUUAAAAGCAAAAAGGAAAAAGAGGAAAAAAACACUUUUCUUGUUUAAAGUGUGCACUAAGGAACUACAUCUAUUGAAUUGUUGAUGUUGUUAUGUGAUAUUUGUACACAGUUUUUUUCUUUUUCAUUUCUGAAUUUAUACAUGGGGGGGGGGGGGAAAUAUCACUUUUUCUUACCAUGAGAAGUGUUUCUACCAGUGGGUCAGAUUUGAGUAAGCUCAGCAUAGAUCUGAAGCAGUUGCAUAUACCUAAUUCAGAUUAAAAUAGUGGUGAUUGGGAAUCUAACCCAAAUGAUAAUAUCAAAACAUAAUAAACAUCCAACCUCGAUUCAGUGAGCUACUUAAGCGUUCCUUAGCGUUAUGGACUUCAGCUAGCCACCCUGUUUCCAGACUAUUUGGCAGACUUGAAGUAUGUCCUCAAGCAUCUUACUGAAUCAAAGCCCGAUUGUUCUGGUGUGGGUGAUCGUGUUAGUUAUUGAAGAAUAACUAAAACAAUGUACUCAGUCCGCAAAUAUACAGAAUGGAUGUGAAAAUUUAUAGUAGUAGCUGAUAGCAUGUGAGCUGACUAUAUCACCUCCCUAGAUCUCUGUUCCUCCCUGAGGCCCAGCUAAAGCUCCCAGUGAAACCUGGCUUCAGGAAUUGACUAUGGGGAUAUACAGCCACCGCUGUGGAGCUGAGGCUGUGCUUUAAGUGUUCCAUAACUUCAUCAUAAAUUUGUGGAGUAACUAGUAACACUCGUAUAAAGGAAACUGACACCACUUCUUCAGUGGAGUGGCAUGACAUGGCAUUCAGAUUGGCAGAAUCAAGAAGGCAGUUCUACCCCCAUAGUGUAGUUUUCACUGAGGGGAUUUGGCAAGACAAGAAACAACAACAAUAACAACAACAACAAAAA